AUGGCAAGCAUGUUUGCCCGACGCGCCACCACGGCGGCGGUGAGGCCCUCCAGGCGCCUCUUCUCGACGACAUAUCGCGUCUGCGAGGACGCCCCGAAGCCGCCCACGCCUCCGAAACCUAUCGACGACUCGACUUCUGCGCUCGAGUACAAGCGGCACCAGGCGCGUCGCCCGCCUCCGCUGCCUGCGAUGGACCUCCCGCGUUCGCGCACUGCGGAGGAGGCCGUCACAAACAUCCUCUACAACACGCCUGCACCGAGCCUGCAGCCGUUCAAGAAGCACAUCCUCAACUGUCUCGUGCAGAACGAGCCCGGAGUGUUAUCGCGCGUCUCCGGGAUUCUCGCCGGCCGCGGAUUCAACAUUGACUCCCUCGUCGUCUGCCGCACCGAGAUCCGCGAUCUCAGCCGCAUGUGCAUUGUUCUCAACGGCCAGGACGGCGUCGUAGAACAAGCAAGACGGCAACUCGAGGACCUCGUCCCCGUCUGGGCCGUCCUCGACUACACCGAAACGCGCACCAUCUCCCGCGAGCUGCUCCUCGUCAAGCUCUCUAUCCUUGGGCCCGAAUACCUCGAGCAGCAGCUCGCCGGCGGACCCUCCCAUCACGCACAGCGUCAGGCGCCCCCCGCGGAUGACAAGUUGUUGCGCGAAGUCCAGAUCGCCGAGCAGUUCACGCACCCGACGCAGCCGCCUGCGGCGGACGUGCCGCUGACGCCGUCGCAGGCGCUGCUCGUGAAGAACCAGCACAUGCAGGGCAUCUCGACGCUCGCGAAGCAGUUUGGCGGGAAGAUCGUGGACGUGAGCGAGAACAGCGUGAUCGUCGAGCUUACGGCGAAGACGACGCGUGUGGAGGCGUUCCUCAGCCUCGUCAAGCCGUACGGUAUUUUGGAGGCUGCGCGUACUGGUGUUAUGGCCAUGCCUCGCACACCCAUCAGCAUCUCUCCCGAGGAUGCUGAGCCUACUGUCGAGCAGGCUGCUGCUAUCGAUGCCAGCCUUCUUCCUCCGGGUUAA